AGCUUUGUGCUGUAUUACUGAAGUAACAGGAACAAGAAAAAAAAAGGAAGAGAGAAGAUACGAGAGCGAGAGGAAUAGCUGCUAGUUAAGAGAUUCUUUCACCAAAUCAGUUUGACACCAACUAAUUGUUUGCACCGGCAAGAAACAAGAAACAAGGUUCCCUGGGCUUGAAGGAGGGAGAGAGAACACAUGAGAGAAAGAGCGGUAAAGAGAGAGAGAGAGAGAGAGAGAGAGAGAGAGAGAGAGAGAGAGAGAGAGAGAGAGAGAGAGAGAGAGAGAGAGCAGAAGAGGAGGUGUGAAGAGAGUCCUCAUCAGAGCUGAAAGCAUAAAAGUAGACUAGAAAAGGAGGAAAAGAGGGAGAGGGAGUGGGAGUGCAACCCGAUCCCAGGACUUACACACCACCGGCAGUGAGAACACUCGCCUCAUAACUUCAACUACUGCUGUUGCUACUGACGCUCUGUCUUCAUCCAACACUCCUGUUUUGGGCUGUUUUUCACUUUCGUUUCAAAUUUUAUUGACUUUUCUCCAAAGACGAUUUGUUUGACUGUUCCAUCACUGAGCAGAGAAACUACAAGCGGACGACAUCUUCAUCAGCAGGACUUGAGUUUAUAAUCAAGGCUGUAUCGAAGCCACCGGAGGAAUCGAUCUAGCAAGCAAAGGGUCAGAAGAUCAGGAGCUUCACAGUAGGACCGAAAAAAAGUGACGGAUAUUUGAGAGGCUUCCCAACAACAACCUGUGAGAAAAAUAAAACAGAACCAAGUAAGAGGCAGUAAUUUGCACACAGUGCUUGUCAUUGUGUCCAUGAAGCAGGCUUUCUCCUAAAAGAAAGAAGUCUCCAGGACGGGGAGAGAAAGUAGGGGGUAUCAGCCAGACCUGCGGUCUUGAACAAGUGCUCCUGUGUGUGUUUGCCAGGAGAGAAGAAACAUUGAAACCUGCAACUGAAAACUAGCUCGUGUUUGGAGCAAAUGCUUAUGUAUUUGGUGUUUAUUUGUGUUUGAGUGUGGCCCUGACAUCACAUGUGCUCAGACCCUGGGGAGCGCUGACUUGCGUCCGCCCUCUGAGCAAGUGUGUGUGGGAGAGACAGCGAGAAACAAGAGUGAGACAGUUUGGCAGGAGCUGAAGUGCGAGGCGAAGGCUAGUCACACACAAACUCUCCACCUUUGCAUGUGUACUGUCUGGGUUUAGGAUACAAAUAGACUCUGUGUAUCCUGGGAAUUCCCUCCACUAAUACACCCCAGCAUUUAUUGACUCUAAUAUUCCAGGUGCUUUCCAUGAACUGCAUCAUCCUCAUCAGUAACAUCAGGAAAGAUCCCUCACCAAUCGGCUGGUGAGCAUUUAAUCUCUGUCACACCUUCCAGACGUCGAACUUACCUGAGUUUCAGUACUACAUCGCCAUCACCAUCACCAUCACCAUGAGGCAACUUUGUCUGGCACUCACCUUCAUUUACUUGGCAUCCGUAGCUGCUGCCAUGUCCACAUGCAAGACUUUGGACCUCGAGGUUGCAAAGAGGAAGCGAAUCGAGGCCAUUCGUGGACAAAUCCUUAGUAAACUGCGCAUGGCCAAGGAGCCUGAGCCUGAAGAGGAUGACCAAGGAGACAACAUUCCAGACAGCAUCAUCUCACUCUACAACAGCACUGUGGAAACCACCACGGACCAACAGAGCGAGGAAGUUCCUGCCUCCCAACAACAUGAAGAAGAGGAAUACUUUGGCAAAGAGAUGCACAAAUUCGACAUGACUCAUUGGAACAAUAACGUAACAGAUAAAAAGCAGAUGUAUUUUAAUGUGAGUGAAAUGAAGCAGAACAUCAAGAACUACAAACUCCUGACACAAGCUAAGCUCAGGCUGCGUUUGAAAGAUACAUUCAUACAAAGUGGCUUGUCGCAGAGACUGGAGAUCUACAAGGGUCUGGGCACUUCUGCUAAGUACCUGGGUUUCCAUGACAUCUCCAACGAUUUGAAAAACAAAUGGAUUUCCUUUGACAUAACAGAUACGCUCAAAGGGUGGCUCCAGUCUCCUGAAAACGAACAAGGGUUUGAGCUGAGGCUGUACUGUGGAUGUGGGAAGACUGUUGAAGCAUUCAGCUUUAGCAUCUCAGGUAUGACUGAGAACCGAUUAGACACAGUAAUUCUUGCCAACUUAAUGGCCAAACCGUACAUCCUGGCCAUGUCUGUUCCUUCUGACGGUCAUAGCACCUCAUCACGCAAAAAACGAUCUACAACACCAGAACCGACAUGUGACGAAAAAACAGAAACGUGCUGCAUGAGGAAACUCUACAUCGAUUUCCGGAAGGAUCUCGGCUGGAAGUGGAUCCACAAGCCUAAAGGAUACUUUGCCAAUUACUGCAUGGGCUCAUGUGCAUACAUCUGGAACGCCGAGAACAAAUACUCACAGAUUUUAGCCCUUUACAAGCAUCAUAACCCUGGUGCGUCGGCUCAACCGUGCUGCGUACCUCAAGUCCUGGAACCUCUUCCUAUCAUGUAUUAUGUGGGCAGACAACACAAGGUGGAGCAGCUGUCCAACAUGGUAGUGAAGAACUGCAAGUGCAGUUAAUGGCUUUGACGUUCCUUCAACUCGAGUUCUCUCCUACACUCACACACACACACACACACACACACACACACACACACACACACAUACCGUACACAAUUAUGGAAACUGAACGUCUCUGAGGAAAGGACCUUAAGAGGAGAAGCAGACCAAGUCAUGAAAUAGAGUAAAGAGGACUCCAGAAUUCUAGUCCUCAAAGACAACCUAGUAGGCGUACAACAACAACAACAACAACAACUACAACUACAACAACAACAACAAUAACCGAAAUAUAUACUUCAUUUCAUUUAAGAAUUUACUUCACUACUGUAUUACUAUUAAUUUAUUGUAACUUAGGACAAGUUGCAUUUUACCGUGUCCCAUAAAACUACAUAACAGAGGUACACUGCUUAUUUAUUUCCAUAUGGUGCUGUGGAAAAAUAAAGGGACGAUCAACAUCCGUCUGAGGACGAUCCAUCCAGUGUUCUGGAGAAAAGAGAUAAAUAAAUGAUUGUGCUUACCAGCAAAUACCCAGAUGUUUGCACUAAUUCUUGGACACCGAAUCCCUCGAGGACAGUGACGAUGGACCACAAGGACAAUAUGGACAGAACCUCCAGUCAUUAUUCUGGACAGCUACAUGUGGAAGCCCCUUACAAAUAAAGGGGGCUUUACCUUGA